GUAGAGAUUUUCUUGGUCAGCAUCACAGGUGCUCGUGGACCGUUGUGCGUAAUUUUCGACCACUUUUGCAUGUUCAGUUUAUGAGCGAAUUAAUUGAUUAUAUCUAAGGGGGAAACCACCAGACCAGUCCUAUAGCAAUAAUGGCUCCGCACCUCAAACGUUCGGGUGAUUGUAAUUGGGGCAUGCGUUUUAUUGUUUAUCCAUAGCAGGCUGUUGGAGUUCGGAUAAACUGAGAUGCAUAGAACGGAAAAAUGUAAAAUAAUUGGAAAUAACACCCGGCACUGCUUGAUUAUAAGGCAAUUCAUCAUCUGAAAUAUAUUUUUAUUUGUAAUUUAUGGGAGGACAUAUCACAGGUUUGAAUAACGCUACUGUCCUGAAGAAUCGAAUACCGUUUUUAGUGUAUAUACCAUGUUCAUCUGCUUGGGUUUUCUGAGACUGCUCCGGUUGUAUACUUCUGCAAAGCUCAUCAACAUCAGCAUCAUCUGCCACUUCAAACACAUCAAGCCAUAAGAGGAGGGAGCUGAGCUGCUUUUGGCAUUUCAAAAAGAGGCUGGUUAAAGAAACUGCAGUGGAAAAAAGUACCUUCAGGAUGACAGUGAGUUUCUUCUAAGUGAACUAGAUGACUCCACUGGACCUGUGCCCUGGAAACAUCACCAUUUGACCGAGGACUAUCAGAGUGACUGCUGACAUCAACGUUUUAAUUGUUGUUUUAAAAAAGAAGAACAAAUGCUUGGGCAUCUCUGGUGGCCUGCUGGGUAGCAGUGGUCUUCUUGUAGCGUAGUAGCAGCAGCUGAACCACGGUUGCCAUAGUGGAACAAUGGCACGGCCAGGCUCUGGGGUGCUGGUGGGGGUCAACGGGCUGGGGUACCCUCCUCAGAACCUGGCCCGGGUGGUGGUGUGGGAGUGGCUGAACGAACAUGGGCGCUGGCGGCCCUACAGCGCGGCAACGUGCCACCACAUAGAGAACGUACUGAAGGGGGACGUGCGGGGGACUGUGGUCCUUGGACAGGUGGAUGCCCAGCUGGCCUCUUACAUCAUUGAUCUGCAGUCCAUGCACCAGUUUAGACAGGACACAGGCACCAUGAGGCCGGUCCACAGGAACUUCUAUGAGCCGUCGUCGGCCCCGGGGAAGGGUGUGGUGUGGGAGUGGGAGAACGACAGCGGCUCCUGGACGCCCUACGACAUGGAGAUCUGUGUGACCAUCCAGAACGCCUAUGAGAAGCAGCACCCCUGGCUGGACCUGACCUCUCUGGGCUUCUGCUACCUCAUUGACUUCAACAGUAUGGUCCAGACCAACCGGCAGAGCCAGAGGAAACGCCGCCUGCGCCGACGCAUGGACCUGGCCUACCCUCUCAUCAUGGGCUCCAUCCCCAAGUCCCAGUCGUGGCCUGUGGGCGCCAGCUCCGGCCAACCCUGCUCCUGCCAGCAGUGCAUUCUAGUCAACAGCACGCGGGCCGCCUCCAACGCCAUCCUGGCCUCUCAGCGUCGUAAGCUGUACGGAGGGGCCGCAGGAGCUCCAGGGGCCACAGGCACGCUCAAUGUGGUACGGCAGAGUAACACUUUCGCCGGGACCACACUCUGGUCCCCAACCUCCGGUGCCGGGAGCAACAACAUACAGCAUAACAACAUAAGUGCAGGAAGUGGCCAAGCUAAAGUUGAACAGGUGCAGUCGCCCAUGUCUAGUUCCAACUUCCCUUGUUCCCCGGCCCUGCCGGCCCUUCCGCUUGCACAUGGCCACUCCCACACCCAUGCACACUCCCACGGCCACCAUGUCAUCAUCAACGGGCAGAACAACCUGAACCGGCCAGGAACCCAGCGCAUUUCCAUGGGCACUGCUAGAGGAGCCAUCCCACCAGGGGUCCCGGCCCUCCCUGUUAAGAACUUGACUGGCUCUGGACCAGUUCACCCAGCAAUUGCAGGUAUGACAGGUAUCCUGAUGUGUGCUGCUGGCCUGCCUGUGUGUCUGACCCGAGCCCCUAAACCCAUCCUGCACCCGCCGCCCAUAAACAAGAGUGACAUGAAGCCUGUGCCCGGGGUCAAUGGCAUCCGCCGCAAGACCAAGAAGAAGCACCUCAGGAAAGGGAAAACCCCAGAGGAUGUGGUGCGGAGAUACACGGAGAAAGUGAAGGUUGCCCCUGAUGAGGACUGCACCAUCUGCAUGGAGAGGCUGGUGACGUCAUCGGGCUACGAGGGCGUCCUGCAGCACAAGGGCAUAAAGCCAGAAAUGGUGGGCAAGCUUGGCAAGUGUGGGCACAUUUACCAUCUGCUGUGCCUGGUGGCCAUGUACAACAAUGGCAACAAGGAUGGCAGUCUGCAGUGCCCCACCUGUAAGGCUAUCUAUGGGGAGAAGACAGGCACACAGCCCCCUGGGAAGAUGGACUACCAUGUCAUCCCCCACUGCCUGCCCGGCUACCUGGAGGCCAAGACCAUCCGCAUCGUCUAUGACAUUCCUGCUGGCAUACAGGCCACAGAGCAUCCCAACCCAGGGAAGAAGUUCAGCGCUAGAGGCUUCCCACGGCACUGCUACCUCCCAGACAAUGACAAGGGCAGGAAGGUCCUGAAGCUUCUGAUCAUGGCGUGGGACCGCCGCCUCAUCUUCACCAUCGACACGUCCAGCACCACCGGCGAGUCAGACACGGUGGUGUGGAACGAGAUCCACCACAAGACAGAGUUUGGCUCCAACCUGACAGGGCACGGCUACCCAGACCCCAACUACCUGGACAACGUCCUGACAGAGCUGUCAGCCCAGGGGGUCGUGGAGGACAACCUGAAGGACUGAGGGGGGAAGAGAGGCCACUGAGGACUACCACCCAUACUCCUCUCUGACAUAGAGUGGGCCUCUGCAUGAAGAGGCAACAUGCAGCCAAGAUAACUAUAUUUUACUCCCACACCCAAAACAGACCUAAAGACCCUCAGAUUCUGUAUGUGGCCAUGAGAGCGGAGGAAAUAUAGCAAAUGACAUGAUAACAUCACGAUUGUGUUAUACUGUUAUUUGCAUUUACCUAAACAUAACUGUAAUACUUUUCUGACUACUGUCUCUUUGUCAAUGCCUUGAGCAGGUGUAUGUUUGGCAAAAUUUCAACCUGAUAGGGUAAAGGAACGUAAAGACAGGAUUUGAAUGAAAACUGAUCUCAAUGUGUAUUGGUGGUUGUGGGGUUUAGACAUUGAUGAUCAACUGAUCAUUGAUUCCUCUGAAACUGGAUUUUGAACUUCCUCUUUUGUACUGAAGAAGAUUUAAGACUGUGACAUCGUAGCAUUGAAAGAGAUGUCUGUUUAUACUCACGACCAAACCAUGUGGCCCAGAAUUUGAUAUUGCAUUUUAAUGUUGACUGCACACCUGGGAUUUUUGCAGAGACAGUUGGCUCGGGCUCUGAAGGCUUCAGAUGUCUGUCCCGGUUUGUUCUAGUUUUAUCAGAUGUGUAUUUUUUAAUGAGUAGGGAAGUGAUUUCUCAAGUUGUAGUUGGUAUUUGUGUGGAAAUCUUCAGGAUAAUUUUUAUAUGCAGAAUUGUAAAAGCGUGAGUGCUUUCCCAGUCCAAUUCACACCAAAUCUACACAGUUCAGCUUGUUGUCAUAUGCUGAUGAGGUUGAUAGUGAGAGUUUUUUGAAAGUGAGGCCUUUUGCUUUAGUUUUAGCUUGGUGAUUUUCUGCAACAAAACUGUCUGUAGAUCUGAGUGGACAGUCAUGGUGAAGUGAUUCUCAGGAAGGAGAGAGGGCAUCUCUGAUUGGCUACACAGGGCCGUUUCACAAAGGCUUGGCUCCACUGGCCUUUGAGCCUGUUGAAGGUUCACAUGCACCUUCUGACAGAGAGGCAGUCAGUUGAUCUGAAGAUUCAGCUGUCUCACAGUAGAUGUAUAUUCUAACAGGGGUGCCAACCUGGGGAGGCCUUUGGAAGUUAACCUGAUAUAGAUCCAUACACAAGCAUCUUACCGAUCAGUUAGAUGAUUGUUCAAAAAAUGUAUGCUUCUGUAAGUUAAGAUCUGAGGCAGUCGAGCAAGCCUCGCUCCACUCCAAGGUUAACCUCAUUCGUUUUGUUGAAACACUGGUGACGUUGACCUCUGUGAAUAAGCCUGUCUUCGAGGAGGCGUUGGAAUGAUCUAUCACGCUUGCAUCACAUGUGCUUGCCUACUUGCGUGUGUGUUUGAAUGUGUGUUAGUGUGUGUGUGUGCUGUGGUGUUAAUACACUCUCUGGCUUUCUAAGGGCUUUAUUUAAUCCGUAUUGUGGUAGUUCAGCAUUACAGCGUGAUUGAAAUUUAAAGACAAUGUUCCCGCUUCAGCAGAGACUGCAUUCAUGGUAAACUCAAUCGGAAAUGACUUAUACAUUUCCAUGGCGCAAUCUGGAGCGCCUCAGUCCUUGAAUAGAGGAGCAGAACAUGCUUCGCAGAGAGCGAUGUCCUCUUCAAAGAAUGACUCUCUCCUCUGAUCCAUCAUAGAGUAGAGUAGGCAGAGCGCCCCCCACACACACACACACACUGUGAUGUAUGAGCCUCUGGUGUUCCUCCUGUUGGGCUGGUUGCAUGAUAAGCCUCUGCUGCAGACAACACCUACCCCAUACUGUCUGAUUCCUCUGAAGGCUCUUAGGUCUGAUACUGAUGUACGGGCAGCAGCUGCGUUUCCCCUUCCCUCAGCAGCUAGAGGAGCUCAUUUUACAGUAGGAUCACUCAGAAUGUUGUUCUAUAAAGUACAGUAUGUGAAGCUGAUGUUGCAUUGGGAAUUUCCACUCCCUUUGCUCCCUCCUGUCUCCCUUCCCACAGAUUAUUUGCUCAUACGCUGAAGAGUUCUUGAAGAUUUGAGUUAUUUUCCAAAAAGAAAAGUUAACCUUUAAGCUGAAUAAUUCUCUCCUCCAGUUGGAUCUGACCAAUUUGAAUGAGUGGGGAUGUUGGUAUAAUCGAGAAGAGAUUCAUGUUGAGGUUUUAUGGUGUCCCACCCACGUCACGGGUUUUGAUCCUUGAAAUGCUUUUGAAUAUCUUGGACUGAAUCAUAGUCUUCCGUAGCACUUUGAGGCAGCAGUUUUCUUUCAUUGAUCCUUUCAUUUUAGGAAGAUGUCUUGAAAUGUAUUCAAAUUCAGCUGUUUUUUACAUUUAUGUUUAUAAACUUGUCUUGUAUUGCUUCAAAAAUAUACGUAUAUAUAUAUAUAUAUCUAUACAUUUGCAGAUGUGAUCUACCUUUAAAUGUACAUGUAUGCUCAAUUUGAGUCAUAUGGUGUAAGUUUAAUUUAUUUUUAUACUCUUCUAUUUAUGAAUAUAUACACUCACAUUUACCCGUCCACAUCACUAUACACACAGGCACAUAUUAAAAUGAAUACAGAGCUUUCAGGAAGUAUUCGGACCCCUUGACUUUUUCCACUUUGUUACGUUACAGCCUUAUUCCAAAAUGGAUGAAAACAAACAUUUCCUUCCUUUCUCUUAACACAAUACCCCAUAAUGACAAAGCAAAAACAGUUUUUGCUAAUUCAUUAAAAAUAAAGAAAAAAGGAAAUAUCACAUUUUGCAUAAGUAUUCAGACCCUUUACUCAGUACUUUGUUGAACCACCUUUGGCAGCGAUUACAGCAUCAAGUCUUCUUGGGUAUGACGCUACAAGCUUGCUAUUUUCAGGUCCCUCCAGAGAUGUUUGAUUAGGUUCAAGUCCGGGCUUUGGCUGGGCCACUCAAGGACAUUCAGAGAUUUGUCCCGAAGCCACUCCUGUGUUGUCUUGGCUGUGUGCUUCGGGUUGUUGUCCUUUUGGAAGGUGGCCACUGUGUUCUUGGGGACCUUCAAUGCUGCAGAAAUGUUUUGGUACCCUUCCCCAGAUCUGUGUCUCGACACAAUCCUGUCUUGGAGCUCUACGGACAAUUACUUCAACCUUAUGGCUUGGUUUUUGCUCUGACAUGCACUAACAACUGUGGGACCUUAUAUAGAAAGGUGUGUGCCUUUCUAAAUCAUGUCCAAUCAAUUGAAUUUACCACAGGUGGACUCCAAUCAAGUUGUAGAAACAUCUCAAGGAUGAUCAAUGGAAACAGGAUGCACCAGAGCUCAAUUUCAAGUCUCAUAGCCAAGGUUUUGAAUACUUAUGUAAAUAAAGUAUUUAAAAACAUAAAUAUAAUUUCAAAAAUGUCUAAAAACCUGUUUUCACUUUGUCAUUAUGUGGUGCUGAAGAUUUUUCUUUCUUUGAUCCAAUUUAGAAUAAGGCUGUAACGUAACAGAAUGUGGGAAAAGUCAAGGGGUCUGAAUACUUUCCCAAAGCCCUGUAUGUCAAAUCUGGCAUAGGUGAUCUGCCAGUAUGUCAGGGACUGUUGAAAUAUGUCUGCCAUGUUAUGAGCAUCUUAUAUUAGCAGUAGUCUUAGAAUUUGCUGCUGUCGUCAAUGUAGAUUCUGUACUGGAAUCGCUGAGGGAUUCAGUAAGUACAGCAGUUCCUCUUUAUUAUUGGCUGGGGGGAGUUUAGCAGCAUGUAGUCGACCCUAUCCCCCCAGAUGGGUCAUUGACCAUAGAAUGAGAAUUCUAAUUGUGUCAUUUACCAUGUAUAUAACCUAAUAGAACCAAGGACGAUACUGUCAGUACCCCAAACUGGUGAGUGAAAAACAAGUCAUUUUGCCUGUUCAUUUCUUCUUUAUCCUUGUGCAAGUUUUGAUGUCUUUUUGUCGCUCUCUUAAAUAGGGAAAAACAGGAAAGAAAUGCUUCCAGUCUUAUCAGGGAAUUUCCCAUUUAAAGUGAGACUCAUUAAGUUGUACAGAUAAAACGUUUUUGCUUGGCCAACCCUAUUUUCCAUGUCAUUGUACUUUAAUUGAUGUACUGUACCAGUUCAUAUUUCUAGACUUACAUUUCCAGUCUCCAAAUGCUUAAGUAUGUAACUGUAAUGUCAUGGUCUAGGCCUCCUCCGCUUUUCAGGUGUGUACAUAAGGUCAGUAUGCUUUCAGUGGAGUCUGUACACCGGGGAAUUUUAAUGUGAGCAUACAUUUUAUUGUCUGGUUUUGGACUGAGGAAUAGAGUUUAUGCAAUUAUAUAUGCGAGCAAUUUGUACCUCAUGUCAUGUGUAGCAGAAGGUAUCAGGAGGUUUUGGGUACAGGAGAAUGGAUGUUCAACAUUUUGUACGGUGUGUCCAUUUGCUAUCCAAGGUUAUUGCUCAAAUGCUCCAGAUAGGAGAACACAUAUUUUUGAUGUAUUUUUUAAAAGAUUGAAUAUCUUCAAUUGAGCAUUCAUACUGUGUAACGUUGUUAUAUUACUAUUAGUAAUUAAUAUACAUUCCAUACCAUUUUCCAUAGCAUAUAUUGAUUAGGUGUGGGAAAUGGAGUAAAGCUGACUUUAAGGACACAUUAACACGGAUACUUUCUCAUUGGGAUUUUAUCUCACAAUCAUAUUGAUAACCUCCACAGCAUACUGUGCUUAUGUCUACACAGAUUGGCCUGCAACAAUUUGGUGGGAAUCUGUGUAGGUGUGAGAUAGAGGGUCUGCGUGUGUGAGCAUAUUGCAUGUGUGUGUGAAAAUGUUUGGUUUAAGUUCCAAAAAGAUUGAAACGGUAGACGUUUGAGACAACAACAAAAAAUAGACCAUAGAAGUGCAUGUUACUCAAGACCUAAGCAAGUCUGCUGACAAAGAAAAUAUUUUGUGACAGUUGAGUCAUUAGAGAUGUCAUCCAGCUGUGUCCUGUGGAGUGGCACGGUGGACUGCUCCAUACUCCACUGCUUGUCUGUUUUUACCUCUAAAGAGGCUUUGAUGGAGAGAGAUGAGAAUGAGCUAGCGCUUUGCUGCUCCGCUCUCUCUUCAGGUUGCACAGAAAAGGUAACCAUAUGUAUGAGGUAAUCGUCUGCAUUUUAAGUGCCCAUGUUUUACUGACAAAACGUCAGAGAGCCAUGUGGCUAUGGUUCAACAUUCAAAUUUCAUUUCUCAUCAGAAGCAUCAGAAGCAACAUACUACAUAUUGCGAUUUAAAAAACACAACACACAAAGAGAAAUUGAGAUUUGAAAUGUAUAAUCAAAUGAAAUAGAAAUAAAGGCAAGAUUAGAGACAAAACAUUAAAGGGCUUCUUAAUCUAUCCGUCUUUAUUGGAUUGUGAUGAUUUUGUUGCAUGUUUGUGUGUUUCAUGUGAAAAAUAAAUGUGCCCUCAACAGGGUAGUUUGUUUGACCUUC